AUGUCAGAAUUUAUUCUAAACCGCCGUUUCAAAAAAUCAACAUUAGUUGGAACAGGAUUUUAUGGCUCCAUUUAUAAAGGAUUCGAUCUUAAGGACAAGCGAGAUGUCGCGAUCAAAGAAGAAUUGUUGCCUACUAAUACACCAGAACUAUGGAGAGAAAAAGCUUUUUAUGGAAUAAUUCGAAAUCAAGAAUGCUUUCUUCAAAAAAUAACCUCUUUUGAACGAGGAACCUACAGAUAUUUGCUUUUGAUUUUGGUCGGAAAAGAUCUUUUCGAUCAGAGCGAAUAUCAUGGAGACAAAUUGGGACUUAAAUCUACAGUUCUGAUUGCUAAACAGCUGGUAGACCGUAUUGAAAUCCUACACAGCAAAGUAAAUUUCAUAAGAAUGGAAAAAGCCAUAUCCCCUUCGCCCACAAAGUUCCUUUCGGAGGUAUCAUUUGUUACGCAUGUUCAAAUGUGCAUAAAUGACAUUGUAGAUAUAAAUGACGCUUACGUUUGUUCUUUAGAGUUAUCUCGACGUGUUGAUAUCGAUUCUAUGCAAAGACUUUUGGCACAGAAGGAGAAGCUCAGUUCAGAGCAGCUGUGUAAUGGAUUGGAAUCAGAAUUUGCAAAGAUUUUGGAUUAUUCCAGAUCUUUAUCUUCCACGCAAAAACCAGAUUACCGAUUCAUUCACAAAUUACUGGAUGAUAUAAUCGAAAGAAAAUGA